CAUAAGCAGUACUCUAAUGGACGUAGACAGCACAAUUUCCAGUGGGCGUUCAACUCCAGCAAUGAUGAAUGGACAAGGGAGCACGACUUCUUCAAGCAAACACAUUGCCUAUAAUUGUUGUUGGGACCAGUGCCAGGCGUGCUUCAACUCUAGCCCAGACCUGGCAGACCACAUCCGUUCCAUACACGUAGAUGGUCAGCGCGGAGGGGUGUUUGUUUGCUUGUGGAAAGGUUGUAAGGUGUAUAACACCCCGUCCACCAGUCAGAGUUGGUUGCAGCGGCACAUGCUGACACACAGUGGAGACAAACCUUUCAAGUGUGUAGUUGGUGGCUGCAAUGCCAGCUUUGCUUCUCAGGGAGGGCUCGCUCGCCAUGUACCCACACACUUCAGUCAACAGAAUUCCUCAAAAGUUUCUAGCCAGCCAAAGGCCAAAGAAGAAUCUCCUUCUAAAGCUGGAAUGAACAAGAGAAGGGAACUAAAGAACAAAAGACGACGCUCAUUACCACGACCACAUGAUUUCUUCGAUGCACAAACACUGGAUGCCAUAAGACAUCGAGCCAUAUGCUUUAACCUCUCGGCUCAUAUAGAAAGUUUAGGGAAGGGACACAGUGUUGUUUUUCAUAGUACUGUAAUAGCUAAGAGAAAGGAAGAAUCUGGAAAGAUAAAGCUCUUGCUUCAUUGGACGCCUGAAGACAUUCUGCCAGAUGUGUGGGUGAAUGAAAGUGAACGACAUCAGUUAAAAACUAAAGUAGUUCAUUUAUCAAAGCUGCCCAAAGAUACUGCCUUGCUGUUGGACCCAAACAUUUACAGAACAAUGCCACAGAAGAGGUUGAAGAGAACUCUGAUAAGAAAAAUGUUCAAUUUGUAUUUAAGCAAACAGUGAACGACAUUUGCAAUCAACUAAAAUUCGUCUAUUGAAUUAGGUCUGAGAAUUACUGUUAGAGUGUUGCCAUAUGUCUGUUGGCUCCCUUUUCAGGACUAGGGUCUUUCAUGGGGUACAGUGUGUUAUAUUUACCUACAUAACUACUCUUGUUAAUGGUUUUUGAAAAAAACCGCAAUUUCAAAUUAUUUGAAUAAUCUUCAUAUUUUCAUUUAACCUGUGACUCUAAUUUUUUUUCCUGAGGAAAGUGUUGGUUUUUUGAGUUUUUCUUUUCUUAAUGUAAAAGAAAAAAAGUAUUUUUUUUAAAGUAUCUUCAAACCGAAUCUUUUAUGCACCAAAGUUGGUUUUGAAAAGGAAAAUAAAAUCACUUUCUUGCUUGGCAAGCAAGAAGCCAUAUGGAAUUUUUUUAACUUUACAGAAAUGGAAAAUAUGUGUAACUUGUCAGUACUGUAUCAAACAAAUGUCGCAUAGAGAUAAUAGAGUGUUGCUUGUAAAUAAUUGAGCAGAUUUGUAAUAUAUUUUUCUAUUAUGAAAUGUACUGUAGAUGUUUUCUAGAGGCAUGAAAGUCAAUGUAUAUAUUAUGGUAGAAAUAAUAUUGAAGGAAAUUGUAACUCACUAGUGCUGCCAGAGGGAUUGCUAACAAAGCACCUUUAACAAGAGAUGUCUUUGCAGACUGAAGGGACUGUGUACUACUGUUAAUGUCUAAGAACAAAGCAUUGGACGUCCUUCCAGACCCUCUCCUGGAGGGUCGUGGUCCUCCCCUGACAGUGACUGAGACUGAGUGGUUGUUCCCACUGUGGGAGCACAUCCUGUAAAGCUGUGCUGUGCAGUUAGACUGCAGAAGCGCUCCUCCUUGGGAGGUCCCACUCCUGCACUGACAGGGAAACCAGCAGUUUUUACACUCAGUUUUUUAAAAGAAAGUAGACAACAAUAUAAAAUUAAACCUUUGGUUCCGAAAUGGGAAGGGUUCCAUAAUCAUUUCUCAUUUGCUUUUGAAAGAAAAACCACACACAAAAGGUACUAAAAGUAUUGGAGGCUUGAGCAGGACAGGGGUAAGAGGUAGACAUGGAGAGAGCCAUUGCCGCUGGGGAACCCACAGGAAAGCACUGCCAGCGAGGACACUCUGGAACGGCCGUCUAAUGUGCUCUGUAGCAAACGGGAGGCUAUUUUCAAAAGAAGAAGAGCAGUGUGUUCUUACUAUUUUUUUUUUCUUUCGCUUAAGCACUUCAUCUGUUUUGUUCUAUAUCUGCGAAGUACUCUGCAAUCUCUUUUGUUUCUUUUAAAUUUUGGUUUGUUAUAUAACAUUGCCAAAUGGAAGUGUUUCGGACAUAGUUUGUACCUGUAUUUUUAUUUUACUGUCUCAUGUUCUUGUAAGUCAUUCUUAAUUGACCGAUGAUUGUAGACUUUGCUUGAGUAUUUUUUCUAAUAAAACAAAGCAAAUCACAUUUAGCUUCAAAUUGUAACAAUUCAAUUUAAUUUUCAGAUGACAUCUGGAAAUACACAUCCAACAUUCUUUAGUGUAUAUAGAGCAGAUUAGUUACUGUCAUUGUAUCGAAAAAUUUAGAUGUCAAAACCAUAUUGCUGGUUAUUGAUUAGCCUCUGAGUACUCAGUUAUUCAUGGUCCCUAGUGAUGGGAUGUGGGUUUGACACUGUUACUAGCACACCAAGAAGACUAUGAAGUAAGCAAGCUAGUUGUAUAACUUGUAUGUAUACAUACUUACACAUUCAAGUCUGAUUGGAAAGUGUGGACAUUUUAGUCUGUAAUGUUCAUUAAUGUUUCUUCCUCAGCUCUGUGUGCGCUUCCUGUGCCCGCAUGACACUUUGUGUUGGGCCUAGGAUUGUGUUUCUGUUUACAAAUCCAUGUCUAGUCCACCCAGCAUUGGAUGUCUGUAGCCCAAAGCACAUUUAUUCAUUUUCAUGUAUGUUACUUGAUUUUCCCCCUACAUUUUGGAGUAAUGAGACCUCAGGGGCCUGCAAGCCUGAGGUAUUUAGUGUCUUCAUCAUAAAAAGAUGUUUGUUCUUCCCUUUUGUAGCUGAUAAAUUUUGGAGCAGUAAAUGUAGACCACACAGUUUAUUUGUAUUUAAUAUGGCAGUGUUGUGACACUGGCAGUGUGCACAGUGCUAAGUUCCUGAGAAGGCAUCUCAUACACUUUGCAGGAGGCACUCCCAUGGGCACUGGAGACACAUGGUGUUUGGGUGGAGCUUCCAUGUUGGAUUUCUUAAUAUUGUUGAGAACCCACCAUUUUACCAACUGUGUUUUGUA